CUGGCUGAUCCGUGCUGCUGCCUGCGCCAUAUUGGCUGAGUUACAUGGGGAGUGGAGUUGGACAAGCUGCCCGAAAUUAAAGACCGACAAGCAGUCUCCGGGCAUGAAGCACCUCCAGGGUAACAAGUAAAGCAACGCGGCGGUAGGACACCUCUUUUUUUCUCGGGUGCUCAGCGCUUAAUUUGCCGAACAAUUCGCAUUUUAAACCCCGCGAAGAGGCUCUCCGGCCAACUCGAGUCUGAUGGAUCCCAGGACCGCUUGGAUCCAGCCGGAGCAGAAGGGACCUGCCAACUCCCUGUGGAUGCACAUUUGGGAAACCUCUCAGGGAUUUGGAGGCAACUCCGACCUCGACAACCACCUCCACCACCAGCGCAACUUCGCGGCGCAGAAUUCAAACUCCGCGGACUCGAACGGCGAGUAUUGCAAAAAUGUAGCCCCGCUACCGCCGGUGGUUGUGCUCGGGAAACUGCCGAAGCGAGGCGGCAGCGACGGCAGCAGCAGCAGGGGAAGCGUCCGGAGGAAGGGCUCGCUGUCGCCGUCCUCCUCCUCGCUGGACUCAGAGGCCGAGAGCUCGUCUCCCUCCGGCUCUUCUCUGCGGAUCGACAAUUUGAACGUGGCGGAGGAGGCCAGCCGGUUCCUGCACUACGGCGAGCACGAGUUGAACGAGAACAAUCUCCGGCGGCAGUGUCCCCCUCCGCCUUUUCACACUGCUCAGCAGCAGCACCACUGUCGCAGCAUGCAACAGCCGGGCGGCCACACCCCCGCCGGCAUGCAGAAUCAGCAUGGGAACAAGCACCACCACCAGGCGCAUCCAUCCGGGCGCAGGAGGCACCUGAACCGGGCCAACACUUUCCACGGCAUCAACCCGCUGCUGUGCUACGGACACUACGUAGACUCGUCCUGCAGCCUGUGGAAAACCAGGCGAUACAGCCCGGGCGUUAACGGUCUGCAUGAAGAGAUCAUGGACUUCUUCAACUUCAUGUCUCCGCGACCAGAGGAGGAGGCCAUGAGAAGAGAUGUGGUGAACAGGAUAGAAAAGGUCAUCAAGGACUUGUGGCCCACAGCGCGGGUGGAGAUUUUUGGCAGCUUCAGCACAGGGCUAUAUCUUCCCACAAGCGACAUUGACCUGGUUGUGUUUGGAAAGUGGGAUCAUCCUCCGCUGCAGGAACUGGAACAAGCUCUGAAGAAACGCAAUGUGUCCGGCCCAUAUCCCAUCAAGGUCCUUGACAAAGCUACGGUGCCAAUCAUCAAGCUCACAGACCAUGAGACAGAGGUGAAAGUGGACAUCAGCUUCAAUGUAGAAACCGCUGUGAAAGCAGCACAGUUCAUCAAAAGCUACCUGAAGAAGUACACUGUUCUGCCACCGCUGAUCUUCGUCUUGAAGCAGUUCCUACUGCAGAGGGAUCUGAAUGAAGUCUUCACUGGAGGCAUCAGCUCAUACAGCCUUAUCCUAAUGGCCAUCAGCUUCCUGCAGUUACAUCCUAGGAUCGACACGCGUCGUGCCAACAUCAACCUGGGCAUCCUGCUUAUAGAGUUCUUUGAGCUGUACGGCCGUGAUUUCAACUACAUCAAAACCGGCAUCAGGGUGAAGACAGGAGGGGCCUACCUGUCCAAGGAGGAAAUGCUGAAAGCCAUGGGCACUGGAAACAGGCCGUCCAUGCUCUGCAUAGAAGAUCCAAUACAGCCAGGAAACGACGUUGGCAGGAGUUCCUAUGGCGUCCUUCAGGUGAAGCAGGUGUUUGACUUUGCCUACAUGGUGCUGAGUCAUGGAGUUUCUCCUCUCGCUCGUGCUUACCCCAACAAGGAGUAUGACAGCACUUUAGGACGCAUUAUCAAAGUCAGCCCAGAGGUGUUGAUCUACAGGGAGUGGACGAUCAAGAAGUGGGGAGCUAAGCAGUACGCCAAGUUGGAAAACCAUGAUAUAGACACCUGUGAGCAGGACCUUGCCAGGCUUAUGCUAGUUUCUGUGGAGGAUCAGAGGGACAGUUCCUCCCCCCUCAGCGCUGACUCCCCCUCACCCUCCCCAGUCUUCCUCCCCAGCCCUCUGCACCAUUCGUCUUCAUCCUCCGCAUGCUCCCUCUCCUCCUCCUCCGGAAGUGACAUAGAAUCUGAUUCACCCCCAUGCAGCAAUGCUGCUAUCCAACUCCACCCUCUCACCCUGCCCUCACUCCAUCCAGUAAUCCAGAUGACUACUGACCUGAGGGCCACACACCCAGCAGGCUUUAUCAAGGCCACGCCCCAGGUCCAGAUGUCUCUCCCUGAAAGUCUAGCCAUCCCUACCCUCUCCGAUUGCCAGUUCUACCAUGAGAAUCUGCCUUCGAUCAGCGUUGUGCACCGACACGCGUCACAAGCUGCACAGGUCUCCCAGCACAUCAACUCCACAAGCCCUCUCCCCAGCCCGCUCCACCAGCCUCAGGUCGGAGGGCAUCAGAGCCAUACUCACACAUUGAGAUCCAAUUCCCAAAGCUCCAUCGAGCCGCACAAAUUCAGCUUCAAGCACAACCAAGGCGGAAGCCUGCAGAGCCAAAACCACUCUCAAGGCAACUUCACCCCCCAGCAGCGGUUUGUUCCCCAGGGUCACAACACGACACCGUGCUUCAGGAACCAGCAGCACUACAACAGAAACACCUGGCGGCGCAGGAAGAGGGAAGAUCUCCCUGCUCUCAACCAAAGUAGAUGAAAGACUUGGAAGGUGCAGGAUGUGACAUUGCUCUCAUUAGGCCUUUCUCAGCCCAUCACUAGUCUUUCAGUUGAGAAGCCAUGAAUGAUUCAAGAAGCCUAUUUUGAUGUUUUCAGCGGCUCUCAAAACUGCACCAACCUCAUGCUGGAAUUCCCAAGUUGAAGCGAGUUUUACCUAUGAUGUUAAACGACCGAUCUAUGCUCACACCGAUUGAUGCUACAGGGCUAUUUCAGGUGAAGGCUGACUGUAAAACUCUUACCUGUGGUCACUUUGGUCUGAUGGUAGUCAGAGCCCUUCCACUAAAUUUGAUGCACACCAGCACAGAUGUUUUGAACAAGGAAUUACUGUUUCCCAGACAUUCUCCAUGCAACCUGAACAUCUCGUGCCAUAGUACUGAACUGGUUCCUAAAACCCAAUCUCUCGCUCUCGAAGGUUUUGCUCCUUUUCGAUUGAUUCGGGCUCAUUUCGUCCCCUGAAUGGAACUCUCUAUUAGCACGCUCUCGAUUCAGAGCUCUUACGGCUUUGACUAUCAUCUGUGAAUUGUACUCUGGACUGAAGCGAAGCACUACCUUUCUACCUAUGCAGCGCAACGCUGACUUGAUGUUUUUCGGUGUGAAGGCACAAAACCGGACCUUGUCUCAAGUGCUUAAACUGUGAUGACUUGUUUGAAUGUACUAAGUGUUUCUUUUUUGUGUGUGUUGGUCAUAAUCUUAUGUUCUUGUUUUUGUCACAAAGGGAUUUUUUUGUUCACGAUGGCACUACGAUGUUUUUGUACUGUAAACAUUGCCACCUUAUUUUAAGUUUAUUUGCAUUAAUGUGCAAUAAUGAUUCUCUUUUUUUAUUUAAUUUAUUUCACAUUUUAGAUUCAUUUUAGGGGUUUUCCCCCACUAUACAUAUGCUUAUUUUGACUCUAGACUACAUCGAUCUGUGCAAUAGAUGGAAUUAAGGGCCUUGAAGGAAUGUGUGAAUGUGUGUGUGUGUCCAGCUUUCUAGCAGAAGGGGGAGCUGUGGUAUAACAUGAGAAAUGUGCCAAAAAUCCCAUGAUGCCAACAUUUUAUUCAUGUUUAAUUUACGAUGCAUUAUUAUCACUUGAACUUUAGACAACUGCCUGUCCAAAUGUUUUCCCACCACCAUUUCUCAUUUUAAACAUCACUUUUCAUUGUGGGUGCAUUUCCUCUUGAAUAGACUGUAGACUGUGCUGAGGAAAUACACCUUCAGCAGUGUUCACUCAUGCCAUUUUAAAUUUGUUUUCGACAACAGUUGGUGCUACUUAUUACCAGCAAAAUGCUUGUUUUCUGCCUUAUAGCUCCUUUUGAUUCUGCCUUUGUAAAAAAGACCAAAUUUCCCCUUUCCCCCCUGGCUGUAGUGACAGCUUUCUAUCCUCGACUCUACAUGCACUGUCAGGGUUUAUUUGGCUUUACUUUUUACAUGCAGCUUCUAGGUGUAUGCUCCAGGAGCAGAUUCUGCAGUCAGUGAUUGCUAUCAUUAGCAUCAUGUCACAUCGUCUCUUUUUUUAAAUUCAAAACCUGUUUUGUGUAAGGUCCUUACAUGUCGGGGUUUAGUCUCCGUAUUUAAAGUCUAUCUCUAAAAACAAGGUUUCAAAGCUACUUAAUUUACACAGCGAUCCGUACAAGGACUUGAGCUCGGGAUGUCACAGAUUCACCGUUAACCGCAGUUUUGGUGGAGCCAUUAACAAAAGCCAAACUUUGAAGUUAUGUGGUUCAAAAGUCUGAAAAUUAGUAGUAUAACACCCUGGGAACCAAACUUAUGGAUUUGACAUGAUACUGCGGGCAAUAUGCCCUUAGUAUUUCAGUGUGGCUUUUCAACAAGCCGCCUUAAAGGGUAAAUCGAUGGGUGGUUGAAUCUCUUGCCACAAACCAAAUCCCCAGCUCAUAUCUGUGUAACUAAGAAUCUGUCAUUGACUGACAUAUAUAGAUGUAUACCUUGUUUUUUUUAAUGUAAGUUUUUCUAUUUUUUUAAUAAACAUUUUAAAACUCCA